AUGAGAAAUUCAACAUGCGUUCUUCACCCAUCGACAGCUACUACUGUAGCUCUCCCAGUCAUCUACUGUUUCCUAUUUAUUACUGGCAGUUUUGGAAAUAUUCUCGCUGCUUGGGUGUUUUCAAGACAAGCAUCCACAAAAAGAACACAGCAUAUUUAUCUGGUAAAUCUCAUCACUGCUAAUUUGCUCGUAUGUAGCACCAUGCCUUUUGUGGCUGGCUAUUUUGCAAAAGGGCACCAAUGGACAUAUGGCUCUGAUGUAUGCAGAGUAGCGUAUCACUUCGGAACUAUCAUUAUGCACGUCUGCACAUACGUUACAAUCAUCAUGUUGUGUACAAUCGCUUUAAGUCAGUAUGCAACGCUGAAGAAAAACAAUGAUGCACGACACUCCCAAGCAGUCACAAAAAACUUGUACAAAUGUGGACUUCAGAAGUUUCGUCAGCCAAAGUUCGCUAAAUAUUUUUGUAUCUUUAUAUGGCUCGUUGUGUUGUGCGUAACGGUAACAGCUAUCACAUACGAUGCUCGGGCAAGGAGGGGGCAAACAUUUCACACAUGUUACAACAUGAAGGUAGAAAUAGGUGAAUUUACUGCAAGGACUGCAGCUUCUUUUGCUACUGCUUGUUUUUUUCUAUUUUUUCUAACUGUUUUGUUAUCAUACUAUUCCCUCACCAGACACCUGAGUAAAAUACAAAAAAACACCCACAUUGGACAAAACCAUAUGAUUUACAGAACAGUGAAAAGAAACAUUCUUGUCAUCCAGAUAAUUUUAACUGCCUGCUUUCUUCCGUACCAUAUUUUCAGGCCCAUAUUUUAUGUAUUGCUUCCAGAAGAAGACUGUUCAAAGCUAAACUAUCUAGUAGAAAUUAAAAACUUCCUUACUUGUCUGUGUGUUUCUAGGAGUAGCAUAGAUCCAGUUACAACCCUUCUGCUAGAUAAAACAUUUAAGAAAAGUCUGUACAGUCUGUUUAAAAAAAUCCACACCUGA